UUCCUUGCCCGGCUGGGAGAGAGGUGUUUGCCCCUUUGGCCUCUCCCUUCUCCUCCUUGUGAGGAAAGGUGAUGGUUGGCUGUGAAUUUUGGAAUAGAGCCUGUUGAGAGAUUUCUUUCCCUUGAUGGAAGAGGGAAGAAAAGCAUCUUGGAUACGGUUUGCUUCUUCUACAAACAGUGGUUCCAACAUGCAGAGACCCAACUCACCUGGAAUUGAAUCAGGACUUGGGAGCAGUGGAGCAUCUUGGGGAAAAAAUACACAUAAGUUCCCGAGUGUGGACCUUUCUAGCUCAGACACGCAGCGCCAGCGCUUCAGGCAUUCCUCCUUCCGAGAGGGCGAGGGACCCAGAGAGGUUUGCAGCCGCCUCCACUCUCUCUGCCGCCAGUGGCUGAAGCCAGAGCAACACACCAAGGCGGAGAUGCUGGACCUGGUGAUCCUGGAGCAGUUCCUGAGCAUCCUGCCCCCAGAGAUGGGGAGCUGGGUCCGAGAGUGUGGGGCAGAGACCUCUUCUCAGGCGGUGGCCCUGGCGGAAGGCUUCCUCCUGAGUCGGGCAGAGGACGAGAAGCAGGAAGGACAGGACCAAAAUAAAUGCACAGAAGUCCACCUUGAUGUCCCUGCAUUCGAGGAGUCUCACACAGACACCACCCAGAGCCUCCAGCAGAAGGACCUCAAGCAGGAAGGAGAUGGGACCACAGCCUUAGAAGGUGCUGGAACAAUGUUGUUGCUGAAUCCAGAUUCGCAUCUUCCUCUUUGUGAUGGAGUGGAAGUGAAUCAGGGCCCAAUUGCCUUUGAGGAGGUGUCUGUCCAUUUCUCCCUGGAGGAGUGGGUUCUCCUCAAUCCAGGUCAGAAAGCCUUGCACAUGCAGGUCAUGGAGGAGAUUCAUGGGAUGGUGGACUCUCUUGAUCACUGGAAGAAGAAGGACAGUGUAUGCACCAAACGCAAGAAACAUUUUGGACACAACAGUGGCCUUCCAAGAAACAUGCAAGACCACAGAGAAGAUGGAGGUUCUCACAGAGAAAGGCCCUACAAAUGCAAUGUAUGUGGCCAGUGUUUUACCCAAACUAUGGAAUUAGUGCUUCACAAAACACUCCAUGCUGAGAAAAGCCAUUUUAAAUGGAAAGUAUCAGCAAAAUGUGUUGUUGGUUACAAAUGGUCACAUCUUAGCCAGCAAGAAAUCUUUGGAACUGAGGAUUUCAUAAGCCGGGUGUGUGGAAAAUCUUUUAUCCAGAGUGCACACUUGGUGAAAGAUGAUAAAUUUCACACAGGACAAGAACCAUACAAAUGCCAGGAAUGUGGGAAAUGUUUUGCUUCCAGUUCAGCCUUGGUGAGGCACAAAAGACUCCACACAGGAGAGAAGCCACACCAAUGCCAGGAGUGUGGGAAAUGUUUUGUUCGCAGUUCACAACUAGUGAGCCACAAAAGAGUCCACACAGGAGAGAAGCCAUACCAAUGCCAGGAGUGUCGGAAAUGUUUUGCUUACAGUUCACAAUUGACAACCCACAAAAGAGUCCACGCAGUAGAGAAGCCAUACCAAUGCCAGGAGUGUGGGAAAUUUUUUGCUUGUAAUACAAAUCUUAUAAACCACUUAAGAUGCCACACAGGAGAGAAACCAUAUAAAUGCCAGAAAUGUGGGAAAUGUUAUGCUUCCAGUUCAGAGUUGGUGAGGCACAAAAGACUUCACACAGGAGAGAAGCCAUACAUAUGCCAGGAAUGUGGGAAAUGUUUUGCUUACAGUUCAUGCUUGGUAAGGCAUAAAAUACUUCACACAGGAGAAAAGCCACAUGAAUGUGAGGAGUGUAGGAAAUGUUUUGCUUACAGUUCAUGCUUGGUGAGGCACAAAAGACUUCACGUAGGAGAGAAGCCCCACAGAUGCCAGGAGUGUGGGAAAUGUUUUGCUGAUAGUUCAGCCUUUGUGAGGCACAAAAGACUUCACACAGGAGAGAAGCCAUACCAAUGCCAGGAGUGUGGGAAAUGUUUUGCUGACAGCUCCGCCUUGGUGAGGCACAAAAUACUUCACACAGGAGAGAAACCACACAAAUGCCAGGUGUGUGGGAAAUGUUUUGUUCGAAGUUCAUACCUUGUGAGCCAUCAGAGAGUUCACACAGGAGAAAAACCAUACAGAUGCACAGAAUGUGGGAAAUACUUUACUCAGACUUCAUCUCUUAACAAACACCAGAAAAUCCACUCAGGCUGAAAAACAUACAAAGGCCAGGCAUGUGGGAAAUGCUUUCUUUGUUCUUUUUAAGUCAUUUUUAUUCAAGAAAACAAAAUUUCUUGUAUAGUAACCAACAAAAACAUAUGCAAGCAAAAUAUUUUUGUGUGUGUGUGUUAGAAGCGACUUGAGACUCAAGUCGCUUCUGGUGCGAGCGAAUUGACCAUCUGCAAGGACAUGGCCCAAGUGAUGCCCGGAUGUUUUGAUGUUUUACCAUCCUUGUGGGAGGCUUCCCUCAUGUCCCCGCAUGGGGAGCUGGAACUGGCAGAGGGAGCUCAUCCGUGCUCUCUCUGGAUUUGAAACUGUGACCUGUCGGUCUUGCCAACAGAAGGGUUUAACCCAGUGUUUCUCAACCUGGGGGUAGGGACCCCUGGGGGGUCGUGAGGAUGUUUCAGAGGGGUGACCAAAGACCAUCAGAAAACACAGUAUUUUCUGUUAGUCAUGGGAGUUCUGUGUGCAAAGUUUGGUUCAAUUCCAUCAUUCGUGGAGUUCAGAGUGCUCUUUGAUUGUAGGUGAACCAUAAAUCCCAGCAACUACAACUCCCAAAUGACAACAUCAAUUCCCCUGCCAACCCCACCAGUAUUCAGAUUUGGGCGUAUUGGAUGUUUGUGCCAAAUUUGGUCCAGUGAAUGAAAAUACUUUCUGCAUAUCAGAUAUAUUACAUUAUGAUUCAUAACAGUAGCAAAAUUACAGUUGUGAAGUAGCAACUAAAAUAAUUUUAUGGCUGGGGGGCACCACAAUAUGAGGAACUGUAAUAAGGGAUCGUGGCAUGAGGAAGGUUGAGAAACACUGGUUUAACCCAUUGCACCAUCUGGGGUUCCAGAAAACAUAUUAAAACAGUAUUUACAUAAAGAAAGUACAGAGUUUUCUUAACGUAUUAAUAAGGUCAGCAAGUAAAAUCAACAAAGAUACAAUCGUUAUAUAUUCUUAAUAGCAUAAAAUAGUGAUAGAUGUAAUAAUAAAAAAGCACCUAAUUUAUGUAUUGUCGAAGGCUUUCAUGGCUGGAAUUACUGGGCUGUUGUAGUUUUUUUCGGGCUAUAUGGCCAUGUUCUAGAGGCAUUCUCUCCUGAUGUUUUGCCUGCAUCUAUGGCAAGCA